AUGGCUGUUGCAAUUCCACAAAAAUCAGAAAUGCCUCAUUAUAAUCAAUCAAAAUUUGUACUUGCUCAACCUAGAGUCAGUCAUGACCUUCCAGGCUCACGUCUUUCAUGCGAACGACAAGUUUUGGGUAGGCGUAGUAUCGAAGCAAGAAGACUAUCACCCGUCACUUCAUCCGAAUAUAUGCAAGUUGGAUCGCGUUAUAGCAUCAAGAGCUCAAUCGAACUGGAUCCAUCCAUUGCCACAACAAGGUUCAGUCAAGCUUCUAGUAUGGAGCCUUUAAGUCAUCAUGUCAGAUAUCCAUCUCCAACAGGUCACAUUCCUUCCGUUCCUAUAGCGAACAAUACAUUCGUUUAUCCAUCCACUCUUAAUCAAAUCAAUCAAGGUGUUGCUUCCAAGCAUAGCAUUCAAAGCAAACAGCUUAGUAAUCAGCCAGUCAUUCCAGCUCGCAAACGAAGUCGCAAUCCUGCAAAUCAAAUUCAUCCCAACUUCAAUGGUUUACCACCAAUCUCAGAUGAUGUUCCAUGUGCACCGAUGAUGAUAAACAGUAGUCGCUUCAGUACUUCACCUGGCAGACCUGCUCGUUCACGAAUCGUUCGUCCUCCUGUGCCGCGUAUUCCAGAGUUGUUUAGCUCUAGAAGACCAUCAUUGGAUCAAUUUCGUCCCAAGAAAAGGUUCGCAACUUCUAUUGCACAAAAUGAGAGCAGUAUAUCAUCAUCAGAUAAUAGCAGUUCCACACCACCAAGUGAUACUACCACUCAAACACAAACAAAGAGUAAACAAUCAUUUUCAAAUUUACGCAAAAUGAUGGGAGGUGGUGGAAAUCAAACAGCAAAAUCCAGAUUUGCAACAUCUUCACCGGAUUCAACUUUGGAUCAAUUGCAAAAGUAUAGUGGAUUUGCUCAACAUCAUGCACAACGAAUGGGAGCAAGAACACCUCCUAUGCCCGUGACAAUUGAAGUUGCACCGUACGAAUAUGCUACAGAAAUUGAGCCAAGUCCGAAAACGACGGCUCUUCCAGAUCAUGUUCGAUUUCAAGCAAAAGAAGGCAAUCAUCGGGAUACCCUUCUCAUUCGAGGAAGUUGGGUAGAUUUUGCUAAAUGUACUGAAGAAGUUGAAAGUGCCAAGAAUGGCAAGUCAAAGACAUGGUGGUCUAGGCUGAUUCCCAAGAAAAGAGCUGGCACCAGAAGAACUUCCUUGGCAUCGCUUUCUGAGGACAAGCCACUUGAAUGCAGAAGAGCACCUUCUCCUUCCCUUCCGGAAGGACGAAUGUCUCUCAUGGACUUCUUCAAAGAUGAGAUGCAAGAAUCGCGUAGAAGACAAUCUGAAGAUCAAAGAAGCUUACCACCGCCUUUUCCUUUGCCAUUACCUCCAAAAAAGAGAAGUUAUAAUGACGACUCUACUCAAAAGACUGUUGGGUCAUCGAUUCUGUAUCUGGAUGAAACUCUCAAUCGUCCUAUUCCUGUCGGAAUGCAUUGCGCUUCACCAGAGCAAAUGUCUCCUCCAACCUGUCAGACGGUGAGCAGUAUCUCGCAAACUGCACCGUUGAAUCUGAAAGGGAAGAAAAGUGUGCCAUUCAGUACUAUAGAUUUUCCAAUUGAUUCCCCUGCAACGAUUGCAUUUCCACGUACGCCAGUAACGGAAGACCAUUGUUUUGAUAAUUCGUUCACCUCUACGAUGGAUGCAACGGAUGUCUUAUACGAUUUAUUGAGCCAAUUCAAGAAUGAAAGUUCACCUUCUACGAUCACAUCAAACUCUCAAACGACCAAUCGUUCAAGACCCGUUCCAAGUUCAGUCAUGUUACCUGAAUUUGAAAUGGUAACACCUCAAACCCUUCAACAAAGCACAACGACAGAAGCACGAACCCGUUCUAUCACUAACAAAUCCAUUGAAAUCAAAAUGAAUAGAGCAACUUGCACUACGAUGGAAACGAUUAUGUCAUAUCAAAGCAGCGAAGAUAGUCCACUUUCAAGCCUGGUUGAUGGUGAUGAAGUGAUGCAAGCUUCGCAAGAUUUCACGGUUGAAGCAGAUGCCAGUGGAGGAGCAAGUGCAUUUUUAAACGAUUUGAUCGAUGGCAUUCAACAUGACAUUUCGGUUUCUUCUCGUUCUGUUCUCAAUAGUCAUUCAAAACGAUAUUUUGAUUCUUCUGCACCGCCAAGCUGCUUUGGCCAUCAUCUUAAACCUGCAGCCAGUCAUUCGACAAUGGAUAGCGCUUAUAGCGGAUUCGCAUGGCCACUUCGAGAAAAUCCUUCCCCGUCUUUUCGCAUGAUGGGAGCAAGUAUCGUGGCAAGAGAAUUGAAGAUGUCGGACGCAAGAAGGUUUGAUGAUAGUCCUUGUCCUGGUAGCAGAGUUGCGAAAGUAAAGAGAGACGAAGAAAGUGAAAAGAAUCACAAAGCUACUUUCAACACCGACUUGACAGUCUCUCAUGUGCUUGUACCUGAUAUCAGCUUGCAACAUUCACCCAUUCCUUCAAGACCAACGAAUCCGAUCAGUGCCCAAUGCGAUACAUCUGCGGGACAAACACCUCCCAAAAUCAUCGUAGAUCGACCUCAAAGCGAUUCAUCAAUGUCAUUGCAAAGCAUCAACAGUCCGUCAAAAUGUGAUGAUGCAGUAAUUCAAAGAGCAAGUGUUGUUCGCAAAAGUUCCGCUUCGAUUUUAGACUUUUCUUCUGUUCGGAUGAGCAUGGACGUAUUUGGUAGUGUAGUAGAAGGCAAAAGGUGCAGGAUAAGCUCUAUGAAGGCAAAAGCUGUUGUCCCUAUGCUUCCUUCGCCUCAUGCUGAUUGGGAUACAUAUGGAAGUCCAGUCUCUUCCAGAUCUCCUUCUCAAUCGCCCAACUUGAGCUUCGCUUGGAGUGGAAAGAGGUUCAGUUCCAGCACUGGCUAUACGGUUCCAAGUCCGAUUCCAAGAAACGGAUCAGGUGGAAUUGAUUCGCAAAAAUCAUCAUUUGGUGCAGAUCCAUUUAUCACUCGAUCAAAAUCUGAGCAAAUUGAUGAAAGCAUCCUCACGGACAUAACAGACUUGCGCGGCAUUUUGAGCCUUCUUCGAGAAAGCAAAGAACGUUUUCCUGAUUCCGAGUAUUCAAGAGUACUUAUGGAAACAUUCAUUGCCCCACAAACACCUCAACAAAUCAAACAAUUUUUGCAUCAAUCAAGAGUUGCAUUUAUUCCUUUGAAUCAUGAAGGUUUACCUUCGCCUGAUUUGCAAGUUGUAGAGAUCGUUGAAGGUCGGGAGCCAUACGACGGCAAGCGGUGGACGCAACCACACAAGAUCGGAAGAACAUCAAAAAGACAUUUGAUGAAACGAAUGCGAUCGAAUGUGAGCGGUAGCAACAAUUCUGCUUUAAGCUUCGGUGAUUCUUCUUUUGUUUCACAAAUCGGAAAAGAUUCGGAAGCAGACACCAGCAGUGGCGAUGUUGAUAUGACCGCUUUCAGUACAACAUUUGUUGACGAGGAUUUGCCUAGAUGUAUGAAUGAUACCAGUGCUAUGACUAGCUUUUCAUCACAACCCCAACAAAGUUCACCUUUGGCUCGCAAAGCCUCGAUUUUGUCCAACGAAUCAAGCGACAUCAGCGAACAAACCCUUUCGCCAGAUCCGGAAGAAAAGGUGAACGACGCCAGAACGAAUUGGCAGCCUUUCAAUCAGCUUUGGUCCCCACCUCAAAGUAUGAUCCCGCUCAGUGCUGCCAUGUUGGACGCGCACGGUCAACUUACAAGACAAGAGAGUAUUCGACCAAGACGUUUAUCCAAUAUCAAGAUCGUUAUCCAAAGUCCUUCCACAAGAAGUAGCGUUACGAGUCCUCGUUCAUGUUAAUUUCUUUUUUUCUUUUCAAUAACGAAUAUACCCUGUCAUUGAUAUUUAUAGAG